AUGGAGUCAGUUAAGAAUUCUGGAUCGACUAUCGUGACUAGUCAUUCGUUGAGAAAGUUCGAAACUCGACAUAUUGCACCGAUCACAAUACAAUUAAAAGAAAUUUUUGGUCAUUAUGAGACAGGAGAAAUUAUUUUAUGCAAUGCACCAGAUUUUAGUAAUUCAGAAAUUCCCGAAGUAGAUAUUGUAAAUGGUGUAGCAGUUAUUGAAGCUCUCAAAGAAUGCAGAAGUAUUAAGAUACUAGCUUUAUCAAGCUAUGACAGCUUAGUUGAUCGAGAACGUGGUAUUCUUAAAUUGAUACGUACGUUAAUCGAUAUGGUGGAUGGAAUAGAACAUAGACUAGAUAGUAUUUGUUAUGGAUUUACAAAAUGUCCUGUGAUGACAGAUAUUAAUGCUUUGUUAGUAGAUUUUAAAAGUUCAAUAAUGGAUGCUUUCUCAGAAUCUGAUAGUGUAUUGAUGACAGUACUAUUGGACAUGAUUGAGAAAACUGUAAAUGGUGCUGCUCUAAAAAUAGAUCCUAUUGAUGGUGAUCCGAAAGAAUUAAUUAAAAAAUUUAAGCAUAUUCAUGGUAUUGCGUAUCCAGGAGAAGUUUUUCGAUUUUCGAUAAAUGCAUCAGCAGCGAAUAAUGCAUUAGUUUAUAUAGAGCAAUGCGAAAAAGUAGAUCACGUUCGUGUGAAAGAAAAUGCAGCUGAUGCUCAUGAAAUCUUAAAAACCUAUAUAAGUGAAUAUGGUAAUUUUCUUCAUCAGAAAAUACGUUGCAAGUUCAAUCAUACGAUUACUUGUAUUGAUGUUCAAGAAGAUCUUUUUCAAGGACUUCGUUCCAUUGAAAUUUGUAUAGAUGCUGAUAGUUUUUGUCAAGCUGAGAAAAUCAUGGAUAAUCUUAGUUGUGCACAACGAGAAUUAGCCGACAUUUGCACAUCGGAUUCUGUUUAUAAGAAAAGUGAAGAACUAAGAAAAAAGUUCGAUAAUAUAGUUAGUACUAUAUCAAGUCGUUAUGACUCUUUAGAUGUCGAAGAUUAUUCGUUUCAUUCACCUAAAGACCUUUUAAAGAAAUUAGAGUUGGUUGAAUCACGUGGUGGGACAAGAUAUCAUCAAAUUCGUAUGACUGUAUUGCGAAAAGUUCGGCAAAAUUUUAGUCUGGCUAUAGAAAAACUCCUUGAUACGUCUUUGGAUGAACGUCCUGCAAAAAUACGUUCUUUAAAUUGUGCAUUAUGUUUUUUACCAGAAGAAUUACAAACAUCAUUCAAAUUGCAACUUGAUGAAUUCAGUCAAUUAUUUACUGAUGAAGAGAAAAUGCGAAGAGUUAAUCUAAAAACUUAUUCAAAAACUGGCACUACAACAUAUCCCUCAUCGUAA